AUGCAUCUAGUAUUCGACUUUGACGGAACGAUUACCCAGGAAGACACAAUUGGGGAGCUGGCCCGCUCGGCUAUCGAGAUACAGCGGAAUAGGAAUGGCCACGAUCUUCAGGCUUCAUGGGACCAAGUGGUUCAAGCCUAUGUUGCCGAUUACAGACACUACAAAGAGAAUCAUCCGUCACCAGAGGAUACGCGGACAUGCGUGGAUCAAGAGUUUCACUUUUUGUCGGGAAUGAAAGACGUGGAGGAGGCAUCAUUACAGCGCAUUGCCGAGUCACGCAUCUUUACAGGCUUGGAUGCUGAGACGCUAUCACAAGCUGGAGCCGACGCCGUUACCGCUGGGAGGAUAGAGAUCAGAGAUGGGUUCAAAGACGUCAUGAACCUUGCAGCUGAAAGGAAUUGGAGCGUGAGCGUUAUAUCGGUCAACUGGUCCCGUGCUUUUAUUCGAGGCGCUCUAUCCCCACACACUCUUGAUGUUGUUGCGAAUGAACCAGCUCUGGACGGAACCAUUACAGGCCCCGAGUUCUUUAGUGGACGUAUGACGAAUGCGCGAGAGAAGAAGGAAGCUUUGAAGCAUCUUAUGAAAGAGAAGGACGGAAAAGUGAUUUACUUUGGGGACUCGACGACGGAUAUGGAGUGUUUGCUCACAGGGGGAGUUGUGAUAUCGGAUGAUGAAGAAUCAACAUUGAUGAAAACACUGAAGAGGAUAAGAGUUAAUGUUCCUCACGUUGGUGAGAAGAGUGAAGGGGAUGGUAAAGUGAAAUGGGCGAGGAACUUUCGGGAAGUAUUGGACAGCGGAUUGUUGGAUGGGCAGGCAUAA